UGACUUUAAAAUGACAGAUAACAACAUUGAACGCACCGUUAGCUAUAGCCCUACAACUGAUAGACAACAUAAAAAGUCCAAUUUUCAAAGGAUUGGCCAAAUUUGCGCUCAACCAACUCAAUGAGGACUUCUUUGUGGUGAAGUCUGUGAAGGAGCUGUUAUUUGACGGAUACCCCGAUUUGUUGACCAAAUUGGCGCCAUUCCUCGACCCGAAGAUCCCAUUCCAGCCCUCAUUCGGUUGGAUGUACGGCAAGAACGAGUCGGACGACGGCCUCUUCAAAGUAAAUACCGGCAAAUCAGACAUAAGUCAAGUGAAUGAGAUCGAGACACUCAAUGGCCUCCCGGAGCUCACAUUCUGGUCGGCCAAUCGAUGCAAUUCACUAAAAGGUGCCAAAAAUGGCGAACUCUUUAACCCAAUCCCCGAUACCGAUAAAAAGUUGCUAUUAUUUCGCACAAAUUUCUGCAGAGUCUGGGCCUUAGUCUGGGAGUCGGCCCAUAAGUCAACAUACGGUGGACUUCCAGUCUAUCGCUAUUUUCCGGCCGACAAUACUUUUGCUAAUUCGUCGGACUAUCCGCCAAACAGUUGCUAUAAACCCAACGAAAACAUUAGUUUCACUCAAUCUUUAGAUGAUAUCGACGCCACUGAUGUGACAGCACUUCUACAUCGCGUCAGACAUGUUGUGAACGAUUCAGAAGUGUUGGAGUUUUUGGAGGAAACCUAUUUAAAUUAUACAAUGAAUGGAUCACAAAGUGUUGAUGUGGUGAAGGAGUCGCAACAUGUGUCCCAAUUUCGGGAGUUCCCUUCAGGAGUGUUUGGUCUGUCGGUGUGCUAUUUCGGAGCGCCUAUAUUCAUAUCAAAUCCACACUUCCUAAAGGCUGAUCCUUAUUAUCUGACAACCGUUUCUGGUCUAAAGCCCGAUUCAGACGCGCACCAGUCAUUCCUCGACAUUGAACCUCAAACGGGAACACCUAUUGAACUCGGACUCCGGGUUCAGAUCAAUGAGUUCACAAUACACGCCACCGACUCGAUGGCCAACGACUUGUACUGGAAGCUGACGGCGCCCACAAUCAUCUCCACUACAGUCUCCUCACUGUUUGUAUUGAUCGGUGCACUGACUCUAGUGUUCAUUGCAUCCAAACCUGUGAUCAAACGCUGUAAACAUCGCCGGACGGGUGAAAACAAUAGUGUCGACAGCCGUGGCGUUGAGACCAGUGAUACCAGUGCUCUCAUUGUCAACCACAAUGAUAUUGAUGGCCAUUCUGUUGGUACAUGA